AUGGAUGAGUUCGGACUACCAAUUCAAUUUGGAAAGAUACUGGCCAAGCCAGAUAUCUCGAAUAAGAUCUCGGAAACGAAACGGAACGGACCCGUAGCCGCGCCAAGUGGACAACCAUCGGCUGGCACAAGCAAGAACAACCAGUUGGAUCAAAAUCAGCCUACUACCGUCGCAGUCCCUUCGAAACCCACGUCUCAAUCAGAUUCGGAUUCGGAAAAACAAGAUGCAGAAGAGCCAACUGUACAGCUGCCAACAACUCACGAAGUGCUCCUGAAGGAUCACUCAAAAUCCGUCUCAGCCUUAUCACUAGAUCCCUCUGGAGCUCGACUGGUCUCAGGCUCGUACGAUUACGCUUGCAAGUUGUGGGACUUCGGCGGGAUGAAUUCCUCCUUCAAGCCUUUCCGGAGUUGGGAACCUCGACAAAGUCAUCAAGUCCAUCAAGCUAUCUGGUCAAACACCGGUGAUUCCUUCUUGGUCAUCACGGCCGCAAAUCAACCUCAGAUCUACGACAGGGAUGGUGCUCAAAUUGCUGAAUACAUGAAAGGAGACAUGUAUAUUCGGGACAUGAGACAUUGCGCUGGACAUAUUGCCGAGCUCACAUGUGGAGCGUGGCAUCCGAAAGAUGCCAAGACCUUCAUCACAUCCUCGGCCGACUCGACUAUCAGAAUCUGGGAUGUUGAAAAUAAGCGCAAAUCGAAAGGCGUGAUCGUACUCAAAUCAAAGGAAAGAGGCACCAGGACCAAAAUAACUACGUGUGCUUAUUCUUCCGAUGGAAAAUCGAUUGCUGCAGCCGGUUUGGAUGGGACCUUGAACAUCUGGGCUACCAACAGUAAUUUCACCCGUCCAAAUGUUGCGAUUGAGAAUGCCCAUGUCAAGAACACAGAAACAUCUUCACUCCACUAUGCUUAUGAUAACAAAACACUUGUGAGCCGGGGUGGCGAUGACACAGUGAAGUUAUGGGACGUACGCGCGCUGAAAACCCCCUUAGCCGUUAGGAGUGGAAUGACCACUCUGAAUCCGGAAACCAACGUAACGUUCAGUCCAGACAACCAAUACAUUCUCACCGGUGUCAGUGCAAAUCCAUCCGAAGGAUUGGGUGGUCGAAUAGUAUUGUUGGAUAAACUCAAUCUCGAGAUAUUCCGCACAAUUGCCAUAUCACCUGCGAAUGUUGUUAGGACAUUAUGGCACCCAAAGAUCAACCAAAUCAUCACUGGUUCCUCAGAUGGGACAAUUCAUGUAUUAUAUUCGCCCAGCCUUUCGACCCGAGGCGCGACACUAUCACUAUCCCGGACGGCCAGAACUCGUGGUCCGGGAGAAGACGACGUUGAGGUCGAUCGACCUAUCAUCACUCCACACGCCUUGGCAAUGUUCAGGAACGACGAGCCAGUCGUUGCUGGUGGUCGGGGCGGCAAGAGAAGACGCGAACGGGAGAGACAGGACCCAGUCAAGACUUUGAAACCCAUGCCACCUCUAACUGGACCCGGACGCGGUGGACGUGUAGGUGCCAGCGCGACUCAGCACGUCGUACAAGGCUUGGUCAAGGAUUCGAUUAGACAUGAGGAUCCUCGAGAGGCCUUGUUGAAAUUCGCACAGGAGCACGAAGGUGAGCGGCCGAAAUAUACUGCCGCGUGGGAGGAAACGAUGCCCGAGCCGGUCUUCGAUCAACGCUUGCUUGAGGAAGAAGCACAGCAAGAGGCCGAGAAAGAGGCCGCCGAAGAAGAAAGGAAGCGAAUCAAAAGGGAACGUCCAACCAGAUUGACAUGA